AUGGACCAUAUUGAGAAGUUUGAAGAUCUAGUAUCUAGCAUCAAGGCUGAUGGUGUAUCUUUGGAUUUCCUGCUCUGCAAGCUUUUCCAACACUCUUUAGCUGGAGAAGCACUAUCAUGGCUCAAGGAGUUGAAGCCUGCAUCUCUUACGUGCUGGGAGGAUGUGAAAGUUGCGUUCUUGAACAAUUUUUAUGAUGAUGCAAGGUCCGAGGAUCUGAGGAACAAGAUUUCUACUUUCUCUCAAGGAAUCUCUGAGACAUUCAAGGCUGCUUGGGUGCGCUUUAAGGGGUAUCCGAGAGAUUGUCCCCACCAUGGAUAUGACAAAUUUCAGCUUUUGGGCAUUUUCUACAGAGGAUUGGAUUGGAGGUAUCAGAUGGCUUUAGAUGCUGCUAGCAACGGUAACUACAACACACGGUCUCCAGCUCAAGCCACCAAGCUGAUCGAGAACUUAGCUUCCAGCAAUAGUACCAAGGUUGCUGAUUUUGAGAGAAAGAAGCUAGCUGAAAACAUGGAGGGACUUCAACUUGCUGAAGUCAAGGCGAAACUUGAUUCUGUGCAUCACCUUCUUGUUAAUAAGAAGAAUGUUAAGUUUGCUGCUGAAGUUGAGGCUUUUGAACCAGAAGAGGAUGAAGAAGAAGACGUGAACUACGUUAAUGGUGCUGGUAUCAGGAGCACUUACACAGGAAAUCAGAAUUCUUCUGGUUACACUCCACGACCUGAUUAUCAGAAGAGCAGUGGCUUCACAAGGAGCUAUGGGAACUCAUCUUACCAACCAACUCCACCGAAAUCUUCAGAAACUGAGAUGAAGUCUAUGCUUGAACAGAUUCUAGAAGGACAGCAGAAGAUGACAGUAGACUUUAAUGGGAAGAUGGAUGCUCUAUACACUGAUUUGAAUGGUUUUCUCCCUGGAAAGACCGAUGCCAAUCCUAAACAUCCUUGCAAUGCAGUGACCUUGAGGAGUGGAAAACAGCUCAAAUCAGUGUUGAAACCAGGUUUGACAGUAGAAGAUGUCAUUGAGCUUGAUGGGAUUGAAGAUGCAGAUUUUGUCGAUCCGCAGGAGACUUCGCCAACUUUCAAGCGGGUUGUAAAGAAGAUGGUGACUAAGGAUUUGUCUAGAGAGGAAGGGGUUAUGAUGGUCUCUGUACUAGUCAGCGCUGUGCUUCCGAAUAAGAUUCCAAGGAAGCUAUCAGAUCCUGGAAGUUUCGUACUCGAUUGCAACAUUUUCAAUAGGAGAUUCCCGAGAUCUUUGUGUGAUCUUGGUUCCAGCGUAAAUUUGAUGCCUAGAUCAGUUGCUAUAAGCCUGGGUAUGACUGAUUUCACACCUACCAAGAUCACUUUUGUCUUAGCCGAUCGUUCAGUCCGCAUUCCCGAUGGUCUUUUAGAAGAUGUUCUUGUCAGAAUCGGAGAAUGCUUGAUUCCUGCUGACUUUGUAGUUCUUGAGUAUGGUGAAGAGCCUAAGGACCCUCUUAUCCUAGGGAGAUCCUUCUCGGCUACUGCUGGAGCCUUGAUAGAUGUGAAGAAUGGGAGGAUUGGAUUACACGUGGGUGAUAUGGUGAUGACGUUUGACAUGGAUAAGUUAGUGAAGCGACCCACUAUCGAUGGACAGACGUUCUAUGUAGACAAGCUUUCCGAAGUUGCUGAGGAUAUGAUACAAGAGAUACGCCUUCCAGACCCUCUAGAGAGAGCUUUGGUAGCAUCAGCAGAUGAAAGCGAGUCUUUAGAUGAUGAGGCUUCUGAGUAUGUUCAGUUGAUGGAUGCUAGUGCGCCAAUGAUGAAGCUGGUUCACCUAAAAGAGGUUGUUGAGCCUUCUAAAAAAGCUGCUGAGCUAAGUGAUUGGAGUGCUGAAAAGGCCCCAAAAAUCGAACUCAAGCAACUUCCUACGGGGCUGAGGUACGCAUUUCUUGGUGCUAAUUCUUCUUAUCCGGUCAUUGUUAAUGCCUCUUUAAACAACGCAGAGCUCACGUUACUGCUAAGUAAGCUGCGCACUUUUCACAAGGCUCUUGGCUACUCUCUUGAUGAUCUUUCAGGUAUUUCUCCGGAUUUAUGCAUGCACAGGAUUCAUCUUGAAGAGGAUGCAAAGGCGUCAAAAUGA